AUAAAAUAACCAUUCUCACAAAAAGACAAAACACACCUUAAUCCGUAAUCAUACGUCAACAAACACCCCACUCCGUCCGUCACGGCGUGCAUCCACCGGCAAUAAGCAUUCUUCACCGUCAUAGCAACAACAAUAAAACCACAAAACCACCUUCUCCCCAUCUUCAUCCCCUCACAGUGGAUGGCAAAAACCAACAAAUACACCUCUCUCAACUUCAACGACAUAUAUGACAAAAAAACCACCACCAAUAACCGCCAACGCUCAUCAUCCUCAUCAUCCAUUUCUUCUAACAAAACCCUUAUUUCAAACUCACGCAUCCAUGGCAACAUGCUCGUCUUGACUCGUCCCUCACCUAAACCUAUCGCUCCUCCCUCGCAACCGUCUCCGCCACCGCCUUCCGCCGUACCACCGCCGGAUCGGUUACCGAUCCAAUCGGAUUCGAUUUCUCUGCGUCCGUUAGGUCGUACCGGAUCUCCGUCACCGUCAACGCUACCGUUACCAUCGUUAUCGGAUUUGGCGGUUUCCGUAUCGCCGAAGACGAAUAAGUUUGUGCCGCCGCAUCUGAGGCCUGGUUUUCACGGGAGGGAGGAGAAGCCGGAACCGGAGGUUCAGAAGCAGACCGGAUUUGUUACGCGGUCGAGUUUCCGGCAAGGUUUGGUUAAUCAGGUGGAGGAAAGGAGGCCGAAAUCCGGUGGUGGAUAUGAGGCGAUGAAUCGGCCUAGAUCUAGUGGUUCAAAUCGUCCGUUUUCCAGUGGAUGAUUAGGUAUGAGGUUGACUCAUUCUGAAGGAUUCUUGAUUCAAAUCUGUUCGUGAUUCUGGCCUGUCAGGAGUUGCAAUUCAAGAAUCUUGCGUAGUUUAAUCAGAUAUUUGAUCUUGAUUAACGGUUGCGCUUAUGAUAUAACCAUAGUAGUAUGGUUAACCGCAGUUUGUUGGCUUAAUUAGUUAAUUUGUCUUGGUUACAAUACUAACAGUAUGCAGAAUUUACAUGUAAGAAUUAUUUACUUUGCUUGUCUCCCUUAGUUAUGUAUGAAGUGUUCUCUGUUGAUAUUUUGUUGCCAUAUUUUCAUUCACACUUAUUUGAUCAUGCGCUGGUUGUA